ACCUCACAGAGGUAGCUCCUCAGCCGGCAGCAACUCGGCGCCCGCGGUCCAUGGACCGGAACCCCGGGCCGACGGGCAGGAACCCCGGCCGCGGACGUUGCCUCCCCGCCCCAGGCUCCUCCUCCUCACUCCCCGCCACCUCCUCCAGGCGUCCGCAGGCCGCGCACAGUCGCCGCCGGGCUCGCGAAGCUGCCCCGGGAGGCUGGGUGGCCGGUUCCCGGUUGUCGCGGGACUGAGGCCUACUCCGCCACCUCUCAGUGCUAUUGUCCCUGGGCCCGGCCCUGACCGGGUUCACUGGACAGGCGAGUGCCCCGGCUCCGCGGAAGAUGCCGGACCAAGCCCUACAGCAGAUGCUGGACAGAAGUUGCUGGGUGUGUUUUGCCACUGAUGAAGAUGAUAGAACAGCUGAAUGGGUUAGACCAUGCAGGUGCAGAGGAUCUACAAAAUGGGUGCACCAGGCUUGUCUGCAGCGCUGGGUGGAUGAAAAACAAAGAGGAAACAGCACCGCCAGAGUGGCAUGUCCUCAGUGCAAUGCUGAAUACUUAAUAGUUUUUCCAAAGUUGGGUCCAGUUGUAUACGUCUUGGAUCUUGCAGAUAGACUGAUCUCAAAAGCCUGUCCAUUUGCUGCAGCGGGAAUAAUGGUUGGCUCUAUCUAUUGGACAGCUGUGACUUACGGAGCAGUGACAGUGAUGCAGGUUGUAGGCCAUAAAGAAGGUUUGGAUGUUAUGGAGAGAGCCGAUCCUUUAUUCCUUUUAAUUGGACUUCCUACUAUUCCUGUCAUGCUGAUAUUAGGCAAGAUGAUUCGCUGGGAGGACUACGUGCUUAGACUAUGGCGCAAAUACUCAAAUAAACUACAAAUUUUGAACAGUAUAUUCCCAGGGAUUGGUUGCCCUGUUCCUCGAAUUCCUGCUGAGGCUAAUCCUUUAGCAGAUCACGUGUCUGCCACCCGAAUUUUGUGUGGAGCCCUUGUCUUUCCUACUAUUGCGACAAUAGUUGGUAAACUGAUGUUUAGUAGUGUUAACUCUAAUUUACAAAGGACAAUCUUGGGUGGAAUUGCUUUUGUUGCCAUAAAAGGAGCAUUCAAGGUUUACUUCAAACAGCAGCAAUAUUUACGUCAGGCACACCGCAAAAUUCUAAAUUAUCCGGAGCAAGAAGAAGCAUAAAACUGUGACGUGUAGUUGUUCCACAGUCCUCUCAUCCUUAUGAGUCUGUUGUGUUGUUUUGAUUCCAUCAUUAAUGCACAGUAGUGAAGACUUGUGAUAAGCUGCUGCUAUCGUAUUUUUAAGAAAUAUAAUAAAGAAAGCACUUAGGGCUGGGGAAGUCCUCUCAGUAAUCACGGAACCUAAGGAUGUGAUUCGAUCUCAUUACUCUGUAUGUACUACUUUUAUGGCAGUCAUCUGAACCAUUAUCUUAGCAUGGUAAAUCUGGGCUUUGUUCAUAUUUUCUUCAGACAGAAAUAUAAAAAUCAACCUGUGCAAAUAUUGAAAAAUGCACAUGCCUUUUUUGUACAUGUUCAUGUUGAGUGUUUUCUUAGAAUCAGCAAUUCAAUGAAGGUACUAUGAGGAUUUUUCUCACUGGCAUAAUUUGAUUACAUGUUAUACAAGAGUACAUGUAACAUGAAAUGUAAAUUAAAUUAGUUAUAAAUAGCAAACCAAAAAUGUAUGUAAACAUUCAAAUGAUAAUCUGAACAAAUGCAAUUCUGUUGUUUUUCUUAACCCAUGUGAUAUCCUCCAAAAUGUGUAGGGUAAGAAUUCACAGGGCUUCCAGAUCACUUUUUCACUAUUAAAAUUUAUUUAUAUAAUGUUGACAUCUCAUAGUUCAUAAUGUAAUUUUGACUCGUGCAGUCUUAAUUACUGUGUGUGUGUGUGUGUGUGUGUGUGUGAGAGAGAGACAGACAGACAGACAGACAUCAGGUCCUUCCAUCACUGGAGUAAAAUUUUAAAUCCGUAUUUCUAGAAAUUAGAGCUGCCAGAUUGUAGUAGCUUGAGCACAGAGAAUGGUUUGUGAAAAAAUAAAGUUAUUUUACUCUUCUUUUUCAUUGAUUCAGUUAUUCAGGUAUGUGCCGAUCACUUGUUGGCCCAGGCACUGUGCAGAGUGCCGUGGGGUGGUGCAGUGGCGAGCAAGACAGACUUGGUUGCUGGGUUUUCAUGUAGCUUACAGUCUAGUUUCAACAGAGAGAAAACCAACAGUGGCGAACCAAGGUGAGGCCUUGAGCUCUUUGUUUUCAUACCAAUCGGUGAGGAGACAAUUAUGAAAAUAAGUCUUGAGUAAAUAUUGAGGUCAUUGUUUUUGGCUUAAGUAAAUUUAUUAUUAAAAACCCCAAUACUAAUAUUUUUAGAUUUUAAUUGCUUGUCAUAUUGAUGAGGGUAGUAUCUUAAUCACUGUUUAACUAGUUUUACAUUCAUUUUUCAAAAGCAAUUAAUGUAUUCUAAGCCAUUUUCAAUAGUCAGCCUUUUAAUGUUGCUCAGCAAUCUGAGUGGUCUUGCAGUUAUUUUCAUUAAUUAAAAUAAAAUUUUAAAAAGUUACUUCCAAAAAUUUUAUUUUCUUGUUUACAGUAUCUUAAUGCAUGACAGUAAUAAACAUUUUCCCUUACUGAUAAGUGUCCACUUCUCUUUAGGAGUGUAGCAAACAUAGAUUGAGCUAUGUUAGAUUGCAACAGUGUAUGUUAGCUUUAGUAAUUUAAGACUGGUAUUUCUUUAGAGCAUGAAAGUGUUAAUUUUGAGUUGUAACAUGAUGUGAAUGGCUGUUGAACAUUCAAAGUUGUAAUUAUUUGGGGAGGAAGGGAAUAUUUGACAGUGGGCCUUAUUAAGAACAUUGCUGCAGUGCUAAAGGGGAAAUAAAAAUCUAUGAUUAUAUUUAAAAAUAACUUAGAUUAUAUAGCUGUAAUUAUAAAAUAUAUUGGCUUUCAUUUUUAAGAUGAAAAGACACUAGACAUUUCCUGCAUAAUUUUGUUAUAUAGAACAGCUUUUAGGCAGCUUUUACUAAGGGUAUAUAAGCACACAGUUCCCCAUUUACUACGUUAAUGCCCAAGAUGGGGGAGUAGCUGCUUGGAUUUAUUAGCAUCAGGGCUUGUGAAGGCCCCAGAAACAACUCUAAGCCUUUGGGGUCAGGGGAGCAGGGUUUCUAGGGCUGUAGGGAGUGGAUUGCAAGUGCCUGGGGACCAAGAGUGACCUCCAGCCUUGGAAUUGAACACUUAAAUCUAAAGAGCCUUGGUAGCUCCAGAAGUACCAUGUCCCAGUCUCUUUAGAGAGUUGGCCUGCACCACCAUGAAGCAACAAAAGGGCAUGAGCUGGGUGGACCUGGCUUUGAGUGCAAUUCUGCUUUUAAUAACUUGACCUUGACCAAGUGACUAACUUCCUCUGCUACAGUUUUCUUCAUCUCUGAAAUGCAAGAGAUAAUACUUAAUCUCAAGAUAAUUCUAGGAUUGACUGAGAAAGGAACCAGAGGCACUUUGGGCUCGAAAUAGCCCCCACAGAGCAGUAGUUGGUUCUUAGUUGCUAAAUAGUCUGCUCA